AGUCCUGAACAGGUGUACCAGCUCCUCCCCUUCAGUCUUGCACAGGUGUACCGUCUCCUCCCCUUCAGUCCUGCACAGGUGUCCCAGCUCCUCCCCCCUUCAGUCCUGCACAGGUAUCCCGGCUCCUCCCCUUUAGUCUUGCACAGGUGUCCCGGCUCCUCCCCUUUAGUCUUGCACAGUUGUCCCAGCUCCUCCCCUUCAGUCUUGCACAGGUGUCCCGGCUCCUCCCCUUCAGUCGUGCACAGGUGUCCCGGCUCCUCCCCUUCAGUCGUGCACAGGUGUCCCGGCUCCUCCCCUUCAGUCGUGCACAGGUGUCCCGGCUCCUCCCCUUCAGUCGUGCACAGGUGUCCCGGCUCCUCCCCUUCAGUCGUGCACAGGUGUCCCGGCUCCUCCCCUUCAGUCGUGCACAGGUGUCCCGCUCCUCCCCUUCAGUCGUGCACAGGUGUCCCCGGCUCCUCCCCUUCAGUCUUGCACAGGUGU